GCUGAGUCGGACGACUCCAGUGACGCGAGCAUGGCCGAAGAGGAUCCGCUGAUGUCCAGCGCCUCGCCCAGUUCUCUGCCCACCAACACAACCGCCGGCACCGGCGAUCGCGGCGGUCUGGUCUCGCCCAGCCGACUCAUGAUGACCUCGCCGUCCGGCCAGAAGCGUCACGGCGCCAGCGACGUGAUGACCUCGCCCACGCGACUGCGCCGGCGUCCUGCGCCCACCAACACCUCCUGCAAGAAGGCCAAGAAGGGGAGACGGGGGAAGAGGAGGAGGAGGAGUAGGGCAAAAAAGCAGAAGAAGCAUCAGGGUGGUGGUGGUGCGGGCAGCGAACGCAAGGCGGUCUAUCGAAUGGCCGUGAAGCGCGCCGCUGAGGGCUGGAAGUUGAGGAAGGAGACUUUCGCCAAGCAGAUGGGACGCACUCGGCGCCCUGACUACUACAAACCCAUCAAGGUAGCUGUCUUUAACAACAACAACAGCAGUAGUAGUGGUGCUUUCGUGUAUUACUUCAUCUGGUUUACAGCACUGAGUGGGGCUGUGUGUGUGUGUGUGUGCGACGGUCUGGCUUCCGGUGUUUUUCUCAGGGCUGUGCGUCUUGCCUUCCGGUUGCCGUUUCCUUUCGCCCACAAGCGCAUAAACACACACAAACACACACACACACAAUCUCUCCUUUACGCGUGUGAUGUGUCGCCCGACGUCGGACUUGGGGGGAGGGGGGCGGGCGAGGGGCGGAAGGAGGCGCACGUGCGGUUCUUUUUCUGA